UACAGCUGUUUGUAUUUAUUCAUACUGUUGAAUAAAGGCCCAGUGAGCAAGGCGACUGCGGGACAUGAAUCCACCAAAGAGGCUCCGCUUCAUCUCAGAGUAUUAUCAUGCCGGUGUACAAUGCCUCCUGCUGGUUGGAUGAAUGUCUGCAGGCCAUAUUAGAGCAAGACUUCACUGGAUCCAUGGAGCUGUCUGUCUUCGAUGAUGCAAGCACCGAUGACUCCAGGAAAGUAGUGGAGGGUUGGAGGGGGAAGUUGGAGGCGAGGGGCAUCUCACUGUUGAUGUCUCAUCACAACUCUGCCCAACCAAGAGGAGUGGGAUUUGCAAAGAAUAAGGCGAUAUCUCAGAGCUGUGGGAAAUACUUGUGCUUUCAGGAUGCGGAUGACGUCAUGUUGCCUCAAAGGGUGCGUCUGCAGUAUGAGAUGUCUCUCCUUCAACCAAUCUCUCUCAUUGGCUGCAGAGUCCGGCGUCUUCCAGAAGGAUCUACGGAGCGUUACACUCGCUGGAUCAACACAAUCACUCAGGAUCAGUUAAUGACACAGGUGUACACGUCUCAUGGCCCCACUGUUGUCAUGCCGACAUGGUUCUGCUCCAGGUGCUGGUUCCUGAAGGUUGGACCAUUUGAUGAGGGAGGCAAGGGAGUCCCAGAGGAUCUGCUCUUCUUCUACCAGAGUCUUCGUCAGGGAGGGGGUCUGUCCAGGGUCAACCAGUGCUUGCUGGUCUACCGUUACCACGAGAACGCCGCCACACUCUCUGUAACUGAGGAAACCAUUUGGAAGCUGCGCGUGGACUUCCUGCAGGAGAGAGUACUCAGCCACUGGGAGACCUUCACCAUAUGGAAUGCUGGGAAACAGGGGCGAAAGCUGUACCGAUGCCUGAGUCCAGCUCAUCAGAAGAAAGUCAAAGCUUUCUGUGAUGUGGAUGAGAACAAGAUCCAGAAAGGAUUCUAUACAUAUGAAGAAUCCAAGGAAAUUCCUAAACCAAAAAUCCCAAUAGUGCACUACAAAGAUGCCUCCGCUCCCUUCAUCGUCUGUGUAAAACUGGACAUGACGGGAGGUGUCCUGGAGGAGAACCUUAACUCACUGCAGCUAAAGGAAGGAGCAGAUUACUACCAUUUCAACUGAGUGCAGAGUGACGAUGAGUGAGAGAGAAGAAACACACGGACUGAAAGGGCAGGGAAAGAGUGACGCGGACCCUCGAACAGACUGGUCUCCUCAGCAAAUGAUCAGUCAAGUUCAAGGAAGUCUUUGAGGGUUUUUUUUUGUGCUUUUGAAUAUAAACAUGUCCAUAAAAUAAGUUGACCCAAUGCAGAUUAAGCAUAUCAGUUUCACAUUACUCUCUCUUUCUGUGUUUCUCAGUACACCGUGCGACAUUAGCACGCGCACAUAGGAAGUGAUUUUUUUCAUAUCAUGUCAGACAACAUGAGGCAACAGCAGCAUUGCACUAGUGAAGCAAGCACAAUGGUUGGAGUACGACUGAAAGCGUAAAGAAAAACAGACAGACAGACAUUCCUGGAAUUUAUAGAUAGAAGAUGGGAGUAAACCUACAGUGGAGUGUGCUGAUGUUUGUUGAAGGAAUUGAUCAGAAGAGCAAGUUUGGAUUCCUUUUAUUUGACUUAUCUUUUUAUCUCUUGGGUGGACAUGAUGAUCAGUGGCGUCGACCACUGGAAACAAUAACAUUUUGCUAUGUUUUCCAAUCAUGUGUGGAGCAAGAUUGGUCUUAUAAUGAGUCUACAAUUAAGACUUGUGUUGAAGGUGAAGUGACUUGAGUGUGUCAUCACAGAUGGUUCAGCUUACAAAGGGUGGGAUGUUUUAUGACCGCCAUCCGUGCACACUGAUUUCUAAAGUCUUCUGUGAUGCAACCACACAAAUCAGAUACAUGCACACAUCUGCUGUAAAUGUUACAAACAUGGAUACGGCAAGUAUUUGUUUUUCUUUCUCUGGGUCUCUUAUGAAAUCUAAAGAACAAUAACCUCUCUUAGAGAGCACAGUUCUCAUACAUAAACACACACACACAAGUUUAUUUUGCCUCACAGAGUAUGGAUUUUUUUUUCGGCCCAAAGGUAAACAGACCUUUACCCACAAAAUUUCCCCCAGUGUUUCUUGGGUCGUAGAGGUGGUCUGCCUUACAGUAAAUUGGUCCAGGGCAGUUUGUCGGGAAGCAGAGGGUGAGAAAUUAGGUUAUUUUAUUUCCCCUACUGUUUUAUCAUACAGUUGCUCACUGGUGUGUAUGUACAGAAUCCAAUUAGACUUAGACCAACCAAAUGGACACCAUGUGUUCCCACAGAACGGGGCUGAGAAAACUAUCACAUCCAUUUAGCACUUAGUCUCCAUCUUCACCUCUGUUCCAUCUGUGUGUCUCUGCACACAAACCUGGUUUCCUCAGUGUUGUGAUUUUGUUUUUGUUUUUUUACAGCACGACUGCAUCUACUGGUGGUUGGUCUUUUAUUCAUUCAUCAUUUUGUCUAAAAAGCUGACUUCACAAAGUUACACAUUCAAAUCUGCUUUUCGGAAAAUAAAAAUAAAAGUCUGAAACUAAAGGAUUUUGCCAAACAAGAAAAAAAACAAAAAUAGUAUAAUAUGGUCACUUUAUUAGGUGGAAAUCUAAUCAAGUGACAGGAGUACCACCCAGUGUGAUCGUCUGUUUCUGCAGCACAUCUGCUUUAAAGUCAAAGAUGGUCUACUGCAUACAUAGGUUAUAACAAUCAGUGGUUAUUUGAGUUACUGUUGCUUUUGUUUUGAACCAGUGUGGUCAUUCUCCUCUGACAUUUGAUAUCAACAAGGCAGUUUUGCCCAGAGAGCUGCUACUCACUGGAUAUUUUCUCUUUUUGGUACAAUUCUCUGUAAACCCUAGAGAAUCCCAGUAGACCAGCAGUUUCUGAAAUACCUAGACUGGCCAGUCUUAAGGUCCAAAGUCACUUUAAUCACCUGUCUUCCCUAUUCUGAUGCUCAGUUUGAAGUUCAGCAGGUCGUCUCGUGGCGUUUUCUUGCUUAAACGCUAUGAGCUGCUGCCAUGUGAUUGGCUGAUUACAUAUUUGUGAACAAGUGAAUGUGGCAAAAUGGCCAGUGAGCGUAUCACAUCAUGUACAUCCACUUUAAGAAGUUUGGCACAUUCCUAUGUGAACAUUAAUGAUCUAUUGUCUUCCCAUCAGCCUUCACUGUCAAUAAGCCACCGAAUGACCACUGAACAGAAUUCUUACCUCUGCUUGUUUUGAGUGGAACAGCUUUGUGUUCUGUUAUCAGUUUGUAUCCUUGCUUUGGAUGGAUCUCCAAACAAAGGCGCGGGCUCCGCCGAUUUUAAAAUGUAACAUAUGAAAGUGAGUUGUUUACGUGAGACCACACUUAGUCUAAUGCUUCCUGUCGUCUUUACCCACUCAGCCCUCGUGAUGAAGCACUUGGUCGGUGAUCAGAGUGAACUCUUAAUGGAGAAUCUAUGAAAGAGACUCAAGAAAGAGAGUAAACAGAGCUUUACUCAGUGUUUACACUCCAUCUCUCGGCAGACAUCAGACCUAUGAUACACACACUCUGAGUGACCCUGACCCUGGUGCCUGCUUGCCCUCACUGGUCAAAUAAACCUGCAUAUGUGUAGAACAAAUGCACACACACACACACAGAUACAGCUGCAUGUUCUCUGGCAGUGCAGCUGAUAAAUGACAAAGAUAAGAGUGUCGUGUGUUUGGGUGAAGAAAGCUCACCGGGGUCAGAAGCUGUAGGGUUUUUCAUUCACCUGGAACGUUAGCACAUUCCUUUCACUCAACGUCUCAUGUCUUGGUGUUUGUCCACAAAAAUGAGACGCUGGCUUUGUCCAGUUGUUCCAGCUCUAUUCCGCUGUAGAACCGUGUGACGUCGCUCACUGUCCAGCUAGAACAGGGCACUGAACUUCCCAACAGAUCCACUGCAGCUGCUCAGUUGCGCCCCGUGUGUAAAUAAAGAGGUUUUCAAAAACAGAAUGGAACGCGCUGCUCACAAGUGAUGAGGAAUAAAGGUCAUGAGGGUGGAAUUAAGACACGGGGGCAUGCGUGCAGUUUCGUGAGGUAAUAUGGACACGGAGUUCAGGCUGCCUGAGGAGAGCCAGGUGACUUCAGGGGGAUAAGAGGAGCAGGUCAGAGGCUCUGCUGCCCCUGUAAAUACUUCACACACACAGUGAAGGAGCACAUGAGGUCAGAAGGCACAUCGGCAGCUCAGGCGGUGACCUCGCGCAGCCACUGUGACCCACAGAUCUUUGGGCCUCUAUUGUGUUAAUGGUGAAGUUUAACCUAUUUUAAAUUUAGGAACGUGAGGGCAAUGUGUUAUACAAUGGAACAGGUGAGACGGAGUGAGUGAAACCUUGUACAUUGGUACUGAGAGUGAUAUUAUUCUGCCUCUGUUUGGUCUUCAUGAACAGAAACAAUGUGACAGUAUUUCCUUUCUGCAUCCCUCAUCUGAAAAUGGGCUUUGUCACAUGAUAAUAUAAAGCCUGACUGAGGGAGUGUCUAUAUGUAUUAUAUGUAUACAGUGGCAGGCAGGGAUAAGGACUGUUUACCCCAUCAAACUUUUAGCAUUAGUAUUCACUUCUAAUACUUUUUUGCUCUCACUUCCUGUGUGCAGUAUGGAAAUGGAACCCGGGCAAAUUAGGAUCCAAACACCACUAUACUGAGUGACACAGAAGGAGAAGGAUGUGUGUGUGUCAAUCAGGCACAGGACUGAUUCUCUCUUCACCUUAGAUGAAAGAUAAAGAUAAAGCAGUGUUCUACUUUUAUGAUGAAGCGUACAUUAUUUUUUAGUACAUUCGUUUUUCAGUUAGGCUUUUGUCACAGUUUCCCUCAUUUGACAAUAUCACCAGCUACCCGACGACCAACAAAGUGAACUUUGGUUUUAAAAUGGUCCUUACAUUAAAUAAGAUGAGAAAAAGGUGACCUGUGGCUGAGUCCUGGACACCGCCUGUCAGCAAACAGGCUUCAUUAAACAAUUCUGGCAUUGGAAAUGCGAGGGAGAGUGAUUCAGUGGGAGGAGAGGGGAGAGGAGAGGAUGAGGAGAGCAGUGCCGGAUGCCUAUUCUCUUUUCGGUAUUUCAUGAAAUGCGUUACACUGCUCUGGCAGUGCAGAGGAAUGUGACGAGUCAGUAACACACUCACAGUUCUGACUGUUUUCUCACGGGAAAACCUCCCUGGAAGCAUUCGGGUGUUUAGAGCACAUGUGUGACUUUGUGUUGUGUUCAGGGGCUUUUUUCUUUUCCAGAGAGAGACUCAGCAGGAAUGAUGCAGGAAUAUGAGUUAAAUUAAAGGUUCUUUCACCCACUUUUUUUCCAACUUGGUCAAGUGAGGAAUAAACUUAAGUUGUGAUGCUGCUGUAUUUGUUUAAUUCACAUUCUAUUACAGAGCUGGAUUAAAUUUGACUUUUUUUUUUUGUUCUUUUAAAUAACUUUUCUUUUUGCAGAUCUGUUCUUGUUGUAAUUGGUAGAAACACGGUGAAGAGCAGUGAGGGGCUCUUAUUUUCUUAGACUUUACCGUCAAUCUUUUUGUCAGUUUGAUUUACUUUUUUCAAUCCCAACUUCCUGUUUCGGGAAUGAGACAUUGAGACAUCGUGAGACACUGUAUGAUGAUCACAUGAAACAUUUAUCUUUGGAAAUUGGUAAAAAAAACCAAAAACUGUAUUUUUUUGGGGUGAAGUGACCCUUGA